AUAUCUCCAACUACUCGUUCCGACGAAAGUGUACGUUCAUUACGAACGGAGAAUAAACUUGGCAUCGUAGCAAAAUUCAUCGAAUAAUCAGCGUUUAAUCAUAAACUCAUAUUAAUAAGUCUAUGCUUUUGAUAAUUCUGUACUUAUUUAUGGUCGAAUUCACAGAAUUUGAAUUUUGAAAAUACGUCAAAUCAAACUCUUCAGAGUUGGUUUUGUUUGAUUAGAACAUCAGUUUUGUAGUGAAUAAAGAUUUUCUUUUCUUGUUUGAAUAUGGAAAAGAGAAACAAACCAAUGUCGGUCGAACAAAAAGAUAUAUUAAUAGAGUUUAUAUGCUCCCAUCCUGAAAUGAAGCAGAAAUUCUCAUCCACUUUCUCUAGACAAGACUCCAUAGCUUUGUGGAAAGAACUUACAAAUAUAUUGAAUGGAACUCCAGGUGCAAAAAAAGACUGGAAAGAGUGGAGGAAGAGUUGGCACGACAUUCAGUCAAGGGCGAAAACUAAAAAGGCGCAGAUUAAUGCCCAUUCCUCGAAAACGGGUGGUGGACCUGCAAUGGUAGAUCUUUCAGAGGCAGAUGAAAGAAUUGUAAGCAUCAUUGGGGAUACUGCCAUAAGAGGCUUAUUGGGAGUAGUAGAACCACAGGCGCAGGAACUUGUGUUGGAACAUGAUGAAAAAGUGGAGAGUGAACAAAAACAAAAGGACACCAACCCUCAUAAUGCACCUCUGAAGAAAGACAUUCUUUCUAGUGAUAAUCUAGGAAAUGUUGAAGCUCACGCUGGAAAAAAAAUUGAAAAAAGAGAAAUUUUGCUUCGCAGCGUUUGGAUAAAGCUGUGGAACAGAAUACUCAAACAAUAGAUCUACUGAAACAAAAAAUUCGAAUUAAAGAAGAAUAUUUCAAAAAAAAACUUCUGAUUAUGGAACGAGAUGUCGCAGCAAAAGAAAAAAUAGCAGCUGAACUAAGUGAAAUGAAAGGGAUACUUUUGGAAAAAAUGUCCAAUAAAUAACCCCAGAAUAGUUUUUCAUCUGUGUCCUUGAAUGUUGUUCUAUAUUUCAUUAUUAAUAUAUGUUACUUACUCUUAGUUUUCGUUUAAAUGAAAAUAUCAAAA